AGAGAGAGAGAGAGAGAGAGAGAGAGAGAGAGAGAGAGAGUAGAAAAUUGUAUUUUUCUCUUUACUCUAUUUAUUCCCUUUAUUCUCUCUAUCGUCCGUUGUCUCGUGCGCGCGCGCGCGCGCGCAGCAGUGUGUCCGACGAUUCGUGCUCGCGUCUACGUACGUGUGUCCAUGCACGGAUCGCACAGUCGAAUGAGAAUGAAGUCACGAGGUUUGUUUUGAUCGGUCCGUUCGCAACAAGUCGAAUCGAGUUUUGCGCGCCUCACGCGCACCCGUCUCCAGUCAUCAUGCAAAAUAACUGAAGGGUGCAAGUGGUUCGAUCGGUCGGUCGGUCAGCAGAGCUUUGCUGCCGAUCUGUGGAAACCCUGAGAAGAUCGAGCAGCGGAUGCGAGUGCACACGCACGCAGGUUCGUGGAUCUCCUAGCAUACACCUCGGCGGCCAUUUGAACGUUCGCGGCGCCAUCGCUAUCGUCAUCGUCGUCGUCGUCGCCGUCGCAACCGAGCCAAAGGGGCACCAUCUCGCAGAGUAUGUUAGAAUUACGUUGCGUUGCAGCAAUUCGUACGCGAUUGUUGAUUCGUAGAUUACCGCGAUUUGAAUUUAUUUAUAGGCGAUUAGCGGGAGACGUAAGAGGCGAGACGCGAGAUGCACGAGCAUGGGGAAACCUAGCAGUACAUAAUUAUUUGAAUCGCGUGUUCGAACAGCCUAGCAGCGGUAGAAUCAAUUUAAUCGCGUUCGCGAUCGCGCGACAACUUCCGUGUAGUACGCGUUUGCCACACGCGUGCUCGUUGCGCGCACGCGUGUUGCUUCGGCUGGCUGUUUUACGCAUUUUCUCGUAUAUUAGGCGGUGGAUAUGGAUCAGGAGGGGUAUAGUUCCACGCGAGUGAGUCACGGCGGAGGAUCCGCCGCGACGAUAAGGUCGUCGCCGCGAUGGCGAGCACGUCGCAGCAGUAUUGCCUGCGCUGGAACAACCACCGUUCGAAUUUGUUGACGGUGUUCGACGAGCUGCUGCAGAACGAGGCAUUUACCGACGUAACGUUGGCGGUGGACGGCGGUGCUUCGAUCAAGUGUCACAAAAUGGUGCUGGCCGCCUGUUCCUCCUACUUUCAAACGUUGUUCAUGGACCUGCCGUGCAAACAUCCGAUCGUCGUUCUAAAAGACGUCAAGUACUCGGAGAUCAAGGCGAUUCUCGAGUACAUGUACCGGGGCGAGGUGAACGUGGCGCAGGAGCAGCUGGCCGGCCUGCUGAAAGUCGCCGAGGUGUUGAAGGUGAAGGGCCUGGUGGAGGAGAACGGUUCCGGUUCGUCCUCGCAAGGUCGCCGGGCCGGGCUCGAGGAGGCGGAGACGUCGAUGUCUCCUCCGCCGGCGAUCAGCACGAGCACGACCAGCAGCGCGGCCCAGAGCAGCGGCCACGCGUCGCCGCCGCACUCGACCGGCGCCUCGUACAACGUCUACGGGAAGUCGUCGGACAGAGGCGCGAAUCGGCUGCCGUUGCACAUGUGGCAACUCUCGGGGCUGCCCAUCCCUCACGCGAGCUCGAACCAUCAGGCUGCGCCGUCGCAUCAUUCCCAGCAGCACUCUCAGCAUUCUCAGCACGGCCAACAUUCCCAGCAUUCGAUUCUGUCCGGCUCGUACGACAACGGCUACGAAACGUCGCCGCUGAAACGGAAGAAGCUCUCGAACAUGUUGAUGAAUCGGGACACGCCGAUUCUCAGGACGGUUCUCGGCCAGGGUCACGCGGACAGCUCGCAAGGCGUCCCUCUGUUGCAUCCGGACAGUCACGAGAACAACCACUUUAGGAACAGCAGCAGCAACGGCUCGUCCCACGAACACGAUAGGCGGAACAGCGAAGACGUCUCGACUCAAGGGGAGCCCGCUCACAGCCCCUACACGGACGUGUCCAUGAUGGACGAGGACGAUAAGCAACCCUCGCCGCAAUCGUACCCCGGGGACAAGUCAGGAAUCGUGAAUUACGUUCCAACGCAGAAGCCCGAGUGGAAACGAUACAAGCAGUAUACGCGAAACGACAUCAUGUCCGCGAUCGAGGCGGUACGUUCGGGGAUGAGCGCGUUGCAGGCGGCACGUAAGUACGGUGUACCGUCUCGUACCCUUUACGACAAAGUGAAGAAACUGGGGAUCACGACGUCGCGUCCCUUCAAACGCGGCUCGAACGGCAGCGGCGCUUGUUUUCCCUACGGGAUCGGCGGUAACGUCAACGGAAGCAUAUAUGGCGGCGGCGGCGGCAGCGGCGGCGGCGGCGGCGGCGGCGGCCUGUCCGAGAACGAGAACGAGAACAGCAACACGGUGAUCGAGAAUCCCGCGCCGAUCCUAGACACGUACAAGGCCAGAGAGGCUUCCGUCGAUCGGGAGAUGUUGGACAUCGCCCGAUGCAGUCCCAGUCCGCUACUGCACUCCGUGAAACAGCAGCAGAGCAACGAGGAUCAAGUGGAGGAUCUCUCGGUCGGUCGGAAGUCGGAUGUCCGAGUAAUCGUGCCACCCGUAUCGGUCGUCAAAGAGGAGGAAGACAUUGGCUCCGAUUCCUGUAAUCGUAACUGAACGCGACACGCGACCUUUUCGCCCCGAAUUUCCUUGGCACGGGCUCUGUACCGCAACCAAACGUACUAUAAUCUCGAAUGCAGCAGCAUCGUUGACCAUGAUUUUCGAAUUCGGUUCUUCUUAGACGGGGCACGGGCGGAACGAGAAACGAUGGUGCAUGAGAAACGACGAGAAGAGAAACGGAAUUAGACGCGAGAAACGAGAAGCGAGGGAAAGGCGAUCGAAUACCGAUCGAGACGGCGCUCGAUACGGCUCAGGGAUUAGCAGCGCGUUACCCUUGUAACGGUAAGCCAUGGAUGAAGUAGAAGAGAAUAGAGUAGAAUAGAAUAGAAUAGAACGGAAUAUAGAAUAGAAUAGAAUAGAAUAUUACAUCGAGGACGAUACGAUGAAUUAUCGUGAACUGGUUGAAAGGUUGAGACGGGAGUUCAUGGAAUCAUCCUCUCGCAUUACUUUACGGAAGACUGAUUUAGCGCAUCGUAGACUCGAGAGACUGAAGCACGAUUCUAAUCACAGUUUGCGCUCCAAAGUUGUUAAAGCCUAAUGCUAAUUACCGAGAAACUGUGCCUUCCUUUAGCGAUAUCGCGAAAUCGUGGAAAAAUCGGAAUCAUCGAGAUCGAAAAUGCAUCGUAUUAUCGUUGAUUCUAUCGCGUUUACAAUUUCCGCGAACAUACUCGUACUCGAUCGACCGAUCGCGAGAAGAUAUUUUAUCGUUCGAAUCGCAUUGAGCUUUAAACAAUUUCGGACCAGUGAAUACGCGGACGUGGAACUUUUAUUAUUUUUAUUAUUGUGAUUCGAUAUUUUGAUUUGUUUUUCCGCUAUCGACGUACCGAUACCAUUAGAAUCUUAUCGAUUUUCGAUUCGCUAGUAUAUAUUAUUUUAGCGAUAUCGUUUUAUUUUUAUUUUCAGAGAAAUAUUCCUAUCUUUAAGCAUAUCGAAUGCUGUUCCGUACGAUAGGAUCGUAUACGAGUUACACGUAUAUAGUCCUACGGGAGAAUCGAGCGGCGAAAGAAAUCGAUAGAAUCGAAUUUCAUUAGUUUCGUUAACGACUGAGAUAUCGCUGUUAAUUUGUUCUAAUUAUAAGGUUACAUUAUCGUUACCGAUCUUGGCCCUGGGAUACAGCUGCAAUAUUGCUCAAUACUAUGCAUUAUACACACGCUAUACAUAGAACGAACUACCUCAUAUCGUACAAUGGACAAGAAUUGUUCGCUUAUACCUUAAGACUGAUGAAUCGAACCUGCAUUACCAGCUCGUCGGAACCGUGGUUUUUCAUAAUUUUAUUUUACAAAUACCGAUAUAUUAUAUGUAUACACGGAGAAGAGAACAGUAUAGACGUAUAAAUAGAUCGAUUAUAUGUGUACGUGUUUAUAUAUAUAUAUAUAUAUAUAAAAUAUACAUUUUAUAUAUACUCGAACGUAUACGCGUUCGCAUAGGAAUACGCGCAGGAAAAUAUGUAUGCGGAAGAGACGUAAAGAAACACGCGCGUGCGCGUAUAAAUGUGUAUUAUACAUAUAUACAUACAUACACACGUAUACACACAUAUAUAUAUAAGUUAUGAAAAGUAUAUUAUAUAUAUAUAUUAUGAGAUUUAAAGUUUAAUCGCGACUUGUUAGUUGUAAACGAAGAGAGUUGCAGUUUUUUUAUGAACGCGUAUUAGAUCGCAAGAAUUGUGUGUUCGUAAUUUCGUAACCGAAUUUCUGUAUUUCAUUCGCAACUUGGUCACUCGUUGUCCAAAGAGUAACCGACAGAUUCCGAUCGGAGCACGGUUGCAUCGGAACUCGACACUGCACAGAGAUAUUUCGAAGCACGCUCUCGACGCGGAGUUUGCGACGACAAAGGUUGCGGUUACGAUCGAUCGUUGUCUCGUUUUACUUAUGGAUCUCAGAUUUUAUAGUACAAGUUGCAAGUUUAUACGACGACGAAGACGACGACGAGAAGAAUCCGCCUCGCGUCGGGCCAUUUGUACAGCGAAUUUGUCGCGAAACGAUUUUAUAGAAAGACUGCAUAGGUACCUAAGUACUCGUCCAAGUUCAGUUUCACCGUACGGUGUAGCAAUGGGCGCAACACACUCGCGAUAGACAGGUAUUUACACACCGAUAAGUACAAACCAAAGCUGCCUUGAAACGUUUUCACCUCAGCAUUCCAUAGCCUCGUUAGAGUAGCGAAAAAUAGUUGCGAAAGGUGCGGCUCGAAUCUUGAUCCAUCGUUCUGAAUUUGGCACUGAGAAAAAUCGGAAUUCGAGAAUGUUUUCUACGAAUGGAAACAGCGUUGAAAGAUAGUAACCGAAUACGCGGGUAAAUAACUUGUCAAGAGUUUCAGCAGUUUAGAACGAGAUUCGCGGCCGCGUUAGUUUAUUAAUAGAACAUGUGACACGACACAGUACCUGGGCAUUAAUCGCGACGCGAUCGCGAAAUAGAAUGAUAUUUAUAGAGAAAGAUGAUCGAUUUUAGACGCGAAUAGCAAUAUUCGUCCGAUCGCCGUGUAUAGCGAUAUAUAAGCAAAUAUUUAUACGUGUAACGGGAGAAUACGCGUACAUAGGUGUACUCUGGAUGGACGAGAAACGUUACGAACGAGAUGUAACGAGAUACAACAGAGUGCUGGCGAGUGCUUAAACAGGGAAACGCUGGUUGUACCGAAAAGGAAGAGACGCGAUCGUAACGUUUAGAGCAUAUCUGAAAAGUCUGAUUGUUAUUGUUAAAGAAACGUAAAUACGUGCUUACCUAGCCACAUACGGUGAGUUCGAAGCAGGUAGACUAAUUGCGUAAGAGCAACUCGAUAAAACCGAGGUGCUGAGGCGAAAGAAAAAAAAAGAGAAUAAAACAGAAAAUAGAAAAGGAAAAAGAGAAAAGAAUUUGGUCGAUUCGCGAACGAAGAUGUUCUUUCGAAUUCUGGAAAAUAUCUAAUCUUAAAAUAACAAAUAAUCUCUAGGACGAAUAUUUUUAUCGAUGCGUUAAAUAACCUCGAUAUUUUAAAGCGAUUCGGAUGGAACGCGUGCGAACGGAAGCAAAAUGUCAACGUUUGUACUCGCGUAGUAUAAUUUUAACGAGCGCGUAGACGCAAUUAGGAUGCCUUACGACUUUCGAGAAUGUAAUACUUUAGAGAUAUACCUGUCGGUUACUGGUUUUUAAAUUGUACAUAAUCGGGAUCGGAAGGGAGCGAACGAGAUGCCUUUUACUUGUACGAACAGCUAGCGUUGUAUUAUUUUUUAAGACUGAUCUUUCCUGCGCCGAGAAUUCGUCGUACGCGCGUUCGUACGACGAUGCGAACGCACACGCAAUCCCAACAAAUCGAACCUUUGCAUCUACAUCUACAUUUACAUCUACGUUUACAUGAAUUUCCUCGAAUCGCAGAAAGAACCAUCGAUACCGAUUUCAAUUUCCACUAUCUGGAUACGUGUUGCUAAAAGUGUACAAGUGUUUGUUAUUCAAUAAAUUAUCCUUAGAAAAGCUGA